CCUGCAUUCACUAUAUCAGGUCUCCCCGGACCCUGCAUUCACUAUAUCUGGUCUCCCCGGACCCUGCAUUCACUAUAUUUGGUCUCCCCGGACCCUGCAUUCACUAUAUCUGGUCUCCCCGGACCCUGCAUUCACUAUAUCUGGUCUACCCGGACCCCGCAUUCACUAUAUCUGGUCUCCCCGGACCCUGCAUUCGCUAUAUCUGGUCUCCCCGGACCCUGCAUUCGCUAUAUCUGGUCUCUCCGGACCCUGCAUCUGCUAUAUCUGGUCUCUCUGGACCCUGCAUUCACUAUAUUUGGUCUCCCCAGACCCUGCAUUCACUAUAUCUGGUCUCCCCAGACCCUGCAUUCACUAUAUCUGGUCUCCCAGGACCCUGCAUUCACUAUAUCUGGUCUCCCAGGACCCUGCAUUCACUAUAUCUGGUCUCCCAGGACCCUGCAUUCACUAUAUUUGGUCUCCCCAGACCCUGCAUUCACUAUAUCUGGUCUCCCCAGACCCUGCAUUCACUAUAUCUGGUCUCCCACAGUACACAGAACAUGGAAAGGCAAUUAUUUUAGUAAAUAUAAACUGUUAAAUCCCAUUUCUCAUCAGCAGUUAGAGCAGUCUCUUGUG